AUGCCUGCCAUGUCUCCUGAAUCUUCCGCUUCGCCACCUGCCCUACCACCUAACCGCAGUACUGCUUCGCCAUCGGAGGUAUCGAAUGAAGAGUAUUUCAUUUGGGGCGUAUGGAUGGAUUACACCUAUGCUCGCGAGCUCGCGACCAAUCUCGGCAUUCCAUUUACUGACGACAGUGAUUUGCCUACUACCUUGCGUGACUGGUUCUUUGCAUCUCAUGGCAUCACUGCCGUGGUGGCAAUACCAAGUCCUUCAGAUCGAGCGCGAGACGGGAUCUGUCUCGUUUCCGAUGCGGUUCCCACCACUGAUACUAGUGUUAAGUCAAACAGCUCGUUUUUACGCCAAACUCUAUGGGACCAGCUUGUAAUCUGCGAAGGCAUUGAUUUGAACUGUCUGGAACGUGUGAACGGAUCUCGCGUACUGAGAGAGUCAAUCCUCUUUGCGGAGGCUAUUGACAAGGCGCAAAUCGAAUCACGUUGA